CUUAAAAAAUGUGAGACAACCUACUGAAAAUGCGCUGUUAGUCUACUUCAAUGAUAAAUCAAAAGCGGUUUGUGCCUCAACUCUCUGGGCACAUUACUCAAUGCUGAAAUCGGUUAUUAACAUUAGAGAAGAUAUUGAUAUAAGUAAAUUUCCAAAAUUAUUAGCUUUUUUGAAGAGAAGAAAUGAGGGAUUUAAGCCAAAGAAGUCAAGAAUUCUCACGUCUGAGCAGGUAGAUCAGUUCUUACGGGAGGCUCCGGAUGAUAAAUAUUUAAUGCUUAAGGUUGCACUUAUUUUGGGCGUUGCGGGAGCUUGUCGUGGAAAAGAGUUGGUUGAUUUAGAAAUCGACGAUGUGAGAGAUUUGGGCGAUUCCUUCCUAAUUGCGAUUAGAAACACCAAAAAUAAAAUUGACCGAAAUUUUGUGAUCAAAAAUUCAGAAAACAGUGCCAUCAGUUUUGUGGCGAUAUUUCGAAAAUAUGUGGCAUUGCGAAAGACAGGGACACCUCAUUCAAAAUUUUUUGUUCAAUACAUCAACAAAGAAUGUACUACGCGAGUAGUAGGAAAAAACAUGUUUGGUACAUUUCCACGGCAAAUAGCAGCUUUCUUGAAAUUAGAAAAUGCGACGUCUUAUACGGGACAUUGUUUUAGACGCACAUCUGCGUCUUUGUUAGCUGAUUCGGGAGCAACAAUAGACGUGCUGAAGAGACAUGGAGGAUGGAAAUCCUCCAACGUGGCCGAGGGAUAUAUUGAAUCGUCUAUUAAAAAUAAACAAAAAAUUUCAGAUAAAAUAUUUGGUCAAGUCGCCGAUUCGUCCACUAUAGUUAUGUCACAGUCCUCAUUCUCGCUUCCUGUUUCCGCAGGAUCUUCGAAACAAACACCAGUUCAAUAUGAAAAGGACCUAUCUGUUACUCGUCAGUUACCUGGUGCAUUAACCCAGGAAAGACUGGUCAAUAUGACGAACUGUCACAAUAUUAAUUUGAAUAUUAACGUUAAUUACCAUUCUAAUUAAUUAUAUUUUUUAAUA